CACCGGUCGGCUGGGGGUUCCAUUCAACCAUGCUUUACUUCCAGCUGGUGAUCAUGGCUGGGACUGUCAUGUUGGCAUACUACUUUGAGUACACCGACACUUUCAACGUGCACGUCCAAGGGUUUUUCUGCUAUGACAAUGCCUACACCAAGCCCUACCAUGGACCCGAAGCGUCCAGCGCUGUUCCUCCUGUAAUACUUUACGCAGUGGUCUGCGGAUUGCCGUUGCUUUUGAUCACAGCCAUAGAGUCGGUGUUGUUUCUGCUUCAGUAUGUGUCAGAGGACCUGGACAACAGGGAGAAGAUCAUCGUCAUGGGAGACUGCUGUUACCUCAAUCCUCUGGUGCGCAGGACCUUCCGCUUCCUGGGUGUGUAUGCGUUCGGACUGUUCUCCACAGACAUUUUUGUAAACGCAGGCCAGGUUGUAACAGGAAACCUGUCCCCCCACUUCCUGACGGUGUGUAAGCCCAACUACACGGCCCUGGGCUGCAUGCAGACCGCCCGCUUCGUCAACCAAAAGGGUGUGUGCACGGGAAACGAGGACGACAUCAUGCGCGCCCGCAAAUCCUUCCCCUCCAAAGAGGCGGCACUCAGUGUCUACGCCGCGCUCUACACAGCGAUGUACAUCACGUUAACAGUGAAGGCCAAGGGGACCAAGCUGGCCAAGCCUGUCCUAUCUCUGGGUCUCAUAUGUCUGGCGUUUCUCACGGGCAUCAACAGGGUGGUGGAGUACCGCAACCACUGGUGUGACGUCAUCGCCGGAUUCAUCAUUGGAGGGGCUAUCGCAGUCUUCAUGGUUCUAGGGGUCGUGCAGAACUUCAAAGGGAAGACCCUGCUGAACGAGAUCCCACCGGAGGAGAGAGUGGUCGGCAGUGUUCCUAUGAUGGGCCAGCCCCGCAUCAUGGACAAUACCAUGGAGAAGUACAUAGCCUCACAGAAUUCUAAUGCUUUCGCCGAGGUCACAUGACAAUGAAUGUGUCACCUGACACGCAGUUGGAUGUGGUUGCUGCUCACUGCCAUGGUCGCCAGAGGGCAACACAGAUCCUGAAGAUGAUAUCUAUGUAUAACAGGGUUGUCUAUGUAUAACAGGGUUGUGGUCAGUAGCAUUUAGUGAAUUCUGGAAGUAAACUGAAAUUGCAAUUCAAUAAUUGAAAAAAGGCAUCUGUUUUCAAAACUUCUCAAUAAAAAAGUUGUUUUCCAUUAUUUUAUUUCAAAUUCAAAUCACUUCAAGAAUUGACUUCAAUUCAAAUUGACCCCAACCUUGAUCUAUACAGUAUGUCCCGAUUUCCAAAUCAAACAUCCUUUAGCUUUACUUUUUUUUUGCUCUCCAAUCAACAUGUUCCCUCCUUCUGUUCUUCGCCUGAUGAAUGGUGUUCAUUGAUCAUUGAUUUCCCAAAAAGUAUUCCUUAUUUGUAUAUACUACAAGUUACUG